AUGUGUGCAGCACUCACCUGUGGCGCGCCGGCGGCAGCUGCCAGGCAUCCGCGUCGUCCUUGUAGCGCAGGCGCAGCACGUACGCGCGGCCUGCCUCAGGCACGAAACCGUCGGCCACCAGCAGGCGGCGCGCGGUACAAAACUCACGUGCACAGCGCUAAUGUGCACAGCACUCACCUGUGGCGCGCCGGCGGCAAAUGCCAGGCGUCCGCGUCGUCGUUGUAG